AUGCACAAUUAUAAUGUUGAUAGAAAAUAUUAAUAUAACUGCCGUAUCGGUAAUUGGAGCGAAGAAUGGGAGUUAGAUGAAUACAAGAUGAAAGAAUACUUAAAAAACAAGGAAAAGCAAAAAUUGGUCUCAACUGAUAAAGAGGACAGAUUAAAGAGAAGCUUAGGAGGCGUUAAUUUGUCUUACGCUAAUGAAGGGCUAGUUAAAUUUGGAUAUACUGUUAUGAUUGAGAGUGAUUUUAUGAAUGCAGUAGUAGCUUCAAAUAUUUGGGAUAAGAUCACUGGAACAGAAGAAGCUUACGGUGUAACAGUCACUAGUUAGAAAGAGCCUAUUGUAAGAACAGCAUUCUAAUUAUUAAGAUAUGAAUAGGAUUAAUACUAAGAUGAUGUUAUUCACUAUGGAUAAAAUUUCAAAAUUGCUGUUAUUAGUCGUCUCUCUGAAAAGCCUUUAUAUUUGACUAGCUCUCAUAUUACUCCUUAAAAGUGUGCAAAGUUCUCUCGUAAAUAAGAAGUUUCAAUUUCAACAAACGAGGGCAUUAAUUCUGCUUGGUGCUUCGAGUAUAUGGAUCCUAAGUUAAGAUAUGAAAUGAAAGGCUAGCCAGUACGUUCAGGUGAACCAGUUUUAAUUAAGCACAUUCCUACUUGUUAAUGGCUUGCAACUGAUAACGUUUAAUACAAUAAUGAAUUUGGAUAAGAAUUCGAAGUAUUUUGUAACUCUUAUUAAUGCCACAAUAAAACUUAGAAUUUAAUAGCUGAAAAAGUUGGUCGUAAGACAAUCGAAACUCCUAUGAGAAACUAAACAAAUUAAAACACAUUCAGAAUUGUUACUGCUUUGUACCCUUCAUAAGAAACUCAAUAAAACUUCGAAGCUUCUUAUAGCUAAACUCUACCUCGUAGAAGAGUUGAAAUUAACAAAGCUGAUUUACUUAAUAAAUUACGUAGAGCUUUGAUUAAUAAAAAUGGAUCAAAUGGACUUUUGUUCUUCAAAAAUGAAUUAUUAAAAUAAGAUAAAGAUAAUUCAGGUUAUCUCCCUUAACAAUAAUUCAAAUAAACAGUCUAAUGCCACGGAAUUAAUUUCAGUGAUUUAGAUAUUAAAGAGGUUAUACAAUCAUUCUAAGAAUUAGACAAUAAGAUUAAUUACAGUGAACUUCUCAUUUAAUUAAAGGGAACCUUAAGUGAAAAAAGAAGAAAUUUGAUUAAUCUAGCUUAUGAUGUUUUGGCAGAAAAGCUUGGUUAAAAUGUCACUUUAAGUGGAAUUUUCAGUGCUUUUAAUAAGAUAAGACAUCCUGAUGUUGUUAAAAAGUAUGGAACUGAUAAGGAAAUCUUCAACAAUUUUGUUUUGAGCUGGGGAAAUUUGAAUCCUCACAUUGCUAUUUCUCGCGAAUAAUUUGAAUCUUAUUAUCACGAUUUCAGUGCUUGCGUAGACAAAGAAGACUAUUUCGAAGUCGUACUAAAGAAUAGUUGGGAUAUACCCAAUUGA